AUGUUUUCAUUAGCUGGAACCCUCUUUGUUCUCCCUGCGCUCGUCGUUGGGCAAGUUUACGGACCCCCACCUGGCCCUGCACCCGGGACAACAACCGCCGCCGCUGCCGUCAGUGUGCCAUCUGCACCACCGAGCACGGCAAAUCAAAUAAACAUUGAUGUAGCGUUCAAUGGAAACUUCGUGUACAAUCCCGCCAAUGUCAGUGCUAGCCCUGGUAGUACUGUUACAUUCUUUUUCCCAGGCGGCUUCAACAGGACAACUGCGCACUCAGUUACUCAGUCGUCAUUCGAGAACCCUUGCACGUAUCUUACGGCGACCGGUAGCGAUCCCGCGGGCUUCGACUCCGGUUUGGUAUUGGCAUCUACUUUUACAUUAAAUAUUACGGACGAUCAACCUAUAUAUUUCCACUGUAAACAGGUCACACAUUGUGGCCUUGGUAUGGUUGGUACUAUCAACGCACCAAGCACCGGUAACACCUUCGAUGCUUUCAUGUCAGCGGCUAUGAGUCUAGGAGCAAACGCGCCAACUGAUGACCCAUCCGCAGUUGCUACUGGAGGUGUCCACGGUGUCGCCACUGCCGCACCAUCCAGUGACACUGGAGGAUCUUCCGGCGGCACUGCCAGCAGCGCUACCACACUUGUGGCUAGCAGCUUUGCCGCAUUAUCGGUGGCAAUUGUAAUGCUCUUUGCGUAG